GGUUCCUUUCUUAAUUGAUUGCUUUCUUUGAAUUUUCGCCAUCUGGUCCCCACUUAUAUAUUUAACUUGACCGAAAGACUUCACUAUUAUUAUCAUUGUACAGGAUGCCUUAUAUUCUACAGCUACUAUCAUUGGCUUUUUGUCUCACCGUAGCCAAAGCACAGAUUCCAGAUCCGGGCAGUAACGGACUGGACAGGUGUGAAUUUGGUCGACACCUUCGUCAGAGAUGUGUAGGCUUCACGAUCCCUCCAAGAAAUGACUGCCCCGCCGGUUUCUUUUGCUUCACCCCCGCGGAUGGUGCGGGUCCUUGUUGUUUACAAAACAACCCGUGUAUUUUCGGAACACCUCUUCAGAUAAACAAUGACGCGGUGACGUGUACCAGACAACGCUGUCCCCUAGACUACAGAUGUAUCAGCAAUAGAGAAUUCGCUGUAUGCUGUCCAAGCAGAAACCCCUCUUUAGUAUGCCCCCAGAUAUACUGUACACCUGAGAGGGGGACUCCGUACUACCCACCCUUUUGUUAUCGACCGACAACGAUCAGGACGGCGGAGGGCAGAAACUGUCCCGGCUGUCCUAGGAACAUCUGCAGGCCAUACAUAGGAUAAUGAAAUCUACACGCUGCUACCUGAGACAAAAAGAAAUGUUAAAGAACAACUCAUUAUACAUGUUUUCACUCGCAUUUAUACAGUCAUGGAAUUUAUAUGUGUUUUUGAUAAAUAAAUACAUUUCCUGUGUGAUA